UUCAUUAUUUUAUUAUUAUUUCCCUCCCCGCAAUGCGGGGCUCUUUUUCUCGUCUUCCCUGAGCUCCAUCGCGCCCGACUCUCUUCCUCUUUUUCUCCGCCGGGAUCCUCUCGUACCUGCUGAUCUCCGCCCCCCCGCCAAUCUUCGCGCAUCUCCUCAGCCCUCUCCGUAUAUCUCCACCCCUCUCCGCUGCCCUCCACCACUCUCCCCCGAUCUCGACCCCUCUCCCCCGAUCCGCCUCUCUCCUCCGAUCCGCUCCGAUCUCCACCUUCAAAGGUCACUCCACCGAUUGGCCUACGAUCUGCGCCAUCAAAGGUCACUCCGCGGAUCGGCCUCUGUUCUCCGCCAUCGCAGCCUUAAUCGACAGCCGGUGCUUCCCCUUUUCCGUGAUCCACGAUCUGAUCAGCCACUCCCACUGUUCAAUCGGCCAGCACCAUCCUUUUGACCGGCCUUUACGGUGCUCCAAUCAAUCCACUUCGUCUAUCAGAUCUCAGGUUGUGGAAGCUGAAGAUUGGACUCUUGGUGGCUUACUGUUGACUGAGUUGACCAAGUAAAGAUCUUCAAUUCUGAUGGCUUUGGUGUUGAUAUGGAAGCUGGACUUGGGAGGUUUAUAGGAUAAGCAGAAAAGAAGCAAAGACAAAUAACAAAUAUGGCACAUUCCAGCAAGGCAGAUCAGAAGGCAGCAUUGGAUGCUGGUGCAUGGUUCUUCAAUGUUGUGACUUCUGUUGGAAUCAUUAUGGUGAACAAGGCCCUAAUGGUUACAUAUGGCUUCAGUUUUGCUACAACAUUAACUGGACUGCAUUUUGCCACCACGACUAUCAUGACCAUCAUACUUAGGUGGCUGGGAUAUAUUCAGACCUCCCAUUUACCAUUACCUGACCUUAUAAAAUUUGUUCUCUUUGCAAACUUAUCAAUUGUUGGGAUGAAUGUGAGCUUGAUGUGGAACUCUGUGGGGUUUUAUCAGAUUGCAAAGUUGUGUAUGAUCCCAGUAUCAUGUCUUUUAGAAGUUCUAUUUGAUAAGAUCCGUUACUCCAGAGACACAAAGCUUAGCAUAGUAGUGGUUCUCAUAGGUGUUGCAGUUUGUACUGUUACUGAUGUGAGCGUAAAUACAAGAGGUCUGAUAGCUGCCAUGAUAGCAGUCUGGAGCACUGCAUUGCAACAAUAUUAUGUUCAUUUUCUUCAACGGAAGUAUUCACUUGGAUCGUUCAACCUCUUGGGCCAUACUGCUCCAGCCCAGGCAGCAGCACUGCUGAUACUAGGGCCUUUCCUGGAUUAUUGGUUGACGAGAAAAAGAGUGGAUGCAUUUGACUAUAACGUUUCUGCAGUGUUCUUCAUCAUAAUGUCAUGCACCAUUGCGGUAGGAACCAAUCUUAGCCAAUUCAUCUGCAUCGGAAGAUUCACAGCUGUGUCUUUCCAAGUCCUUGGUCACAUGAAGACCAUCCUUGUCUUAGUUCUGGGUUUCAUCUUCUUUGGAAAAGAGGGCCUUAAUCUUCAUGUAGUUCUUGGUAUGAUCCUAGCAGUGGUAGGUAUGAUCUGGUAUGGAAGUGCAUCAUCAAAGCCAGGGGGAAAGGAGCGCAGAAGUUAUUCCAUGCCAACUGACAAAUCCCAGAAGCAUGGCCUAGUGUUGUCAGAUUCAGGAGAGCUUGAUGAGAAGGUGUGAAGUGGAGAUCGUUUUAAUUCUCUUUCUCAUUAGCCCACAUAUUGAGCAUUGAACUGACAAAGCAUUGAUAGGGCACAGAUUGCCCAGUAAUCUUUAUAAAGGUCAGAAACAUUUUUCUUUUAUUUUUUUUAAUCAUAAUAUUUUUUGGGAUUCCUUCAGGAAAUGCCACCUGAGGCAGUUUAGAUUUUCCUAUAUAGGUUCUCUUUGCUCACAUCUAUAGUAAUUUAUUUACUUCAACAUCAUUCCAUUUUACCAACAAAAUUGAAAGACGUAAUUCUCGUUCAGCAAAAGCUUCUUGUGCUUGUCAUAUUUAUUGUGACUGGAUGGGCUCAACAAAUUUGACAGCGUAUAGAAUUGUUUGAUUAUGAUCAUUGUAACCUUCCAGUCAUCAUUGUUGUCAACUAGUGCAAUAUUAUUGUGAUAAAUGGUGUAUUGAUUAUUCUGUUGAUCUAAUAUUUGAU